AUGACUGAUGCGCCACAAGGUCCCCUGGAUACGAUCCCAGAGGUGAACUACGCUCCCAUCGUGACCGUGGCGAACUACUUUGCGACGAAGCAAAUGAUUGACCAGAUUCUGUCCGAGGACCAAGAGUACGUCUCGUGGAAGGUCAAGGAUCUGAGGACGGGCGGAACUAUGAACAGCUUCCUACCCUCUGAUAUAGGCCGGCUGGAUUACUCAAGCCUUCCGAUAAUGGACAAAGACGAGGAGGUGAACAGGGUCCCUGACAACUUGACGUUUGUACCGGAUGUUUACAGGGACCAGCUAAGUAAGGAGGUAGCACAAGAAGCUGAGGCCCCCCUUGAGGAGCUGAGUUACGAGGACCAAUUCAAGUUGCUGAUUAUGAACCUGGACAGCGAACAGACGGACAGAUUUGAGAUAUUCCACCGGACCGCGCUGCACAAGGGCCAGAUCAAGAAGUUGGCGACGAUGGUGUGCCGGCAGAACAUUGGGGAGAACAUCCGAGUGUUUCUACAAGCGAUUGGCAAGAUAUUCGCCGGUGAGAUCAUCGAGUUGGCGCUGGAGGUGAGGAGGAAAUGGCUCGUUGGACAGAUGGUCUGCGAGUUCGAUAGGAGGAAGAUGCUCGCAUGGCGGCUUAAGAAGUACUUAAAGAAGCUUACCUGUUUCUGCGAGGGCGGGAGCGAUGAGGUCACUGGUGACGCUGCCACGAAGCAGUACAACAAGAGGGACACGGACGGUACGGUGAUCCUAGGCGACGAUUCUGUGGAUGAGUUCGAGCCCGAUGAGUACUUUGACGACGAGGAGGAUGACGCGAGGGCGACGCUAGAGGGGAACAAGCUUCUCGCUACGGAGGAGAACACGCGGAGCAGCCGAGCCGGGCUGAUCUCGCACUACAAUGAGCUGGUGAAGAGUUUCAACUCGCUAGAUGUCAGCAUGGAGAAAUAUAACAGCAGCCCGCUGCUGCCUGAGCAUGUCAGAGAGGCAUGGAGGUUGUAUCUGUUACAGAACGAGACAUAUAAAUUGGGGAGUUGGAGGGCGCAGGGGGAGCCCCGGGCACGAUGUUUAGGUGAGCCAGCUCUCUCUAUGGGUAAGGAUGGGGGUGGUGUCUCACCACUGUGCGCUCAAUAUGACGUAGUGUGUCUGCAUGACCUUCAGUUCCUCCAAUUCGUCAAGGAACUGGAGUGCUGCUACUCGUUUCUUCUCCUCAUCGGUUACUUUCUCCUGUAG